GAGGCUACAUCGCUAGCAACAGAUAUAGAUAGGAUUCCAAUAGUGAGAAGGGAAGCCAAAACGAGCAAUUGCCAACACGGAUUUCCUGUGGGAUAAACACACAGGCCUGGCUGCUAAAACGGUAAACAAUACAUUGUAAAUACACGUGUAUUUACAAUGGGUUUCAAUGACAAGAUGCCACACUCAAGACGGUACCCGUCCUCAGAACUGGCCAGCCGGAGCAGCUAUCAAGACCGAGACAGAGGACGCAAGCAGAGGCACCGCAGAUCGCCCUCUUUUUCCUCUAGCAGUGACCGGGAAAGGGACAAAGACCGAAGGGGGCGGGGAAACAGACAGGAGGGAAGCUAUGCUCGCUCUAGGAGCUACAAUAAUCGCUCGGCAGACCGCAGGGCGUACGACCGACGCUACUGUGAGGGCUAUCGGCGCCUGGACCAGAGCCGCGACCGAGAUCGCGGAAACAGGGAAAGGGAACAUGGAGGAGCAGCAGUCGAUAGUUACUACGCACCUGACUUAUCACCGAGCAUGUGCGACUACCGGCGGGGUCGUGAGAGGGAACAGGAGGAGUCAUACCGAAGGAAGGGCAGCAGGCGUAAGCACAAACGAAGGCGGCGUAGAACCAGGUCCUAUAGCCCAUCCUCGUCGCGGAGCGACAGCCGGACGCGGGCACUGAGUGUGAGGGACGACGAGGAAGGGCACCUGAUCUGUCGGAGUGGGGACGUCCUGCAAGAGAGAUAUGAGAUUGUCAGCACUCUGGGGGAAGGCACCUUUGGGAGGGUGAUGCAAUGUAUUGACCAUCGCCGGGGAGGAGCCACUGUUGCUCUGAAGAUCAUAAAAAAUGUGGAGAAAUACAAGGAAGCAGCUCGUCUGGAGAUCAAUGUGCUGGAGAGAAUCAAUGAGAAAGACCCGGAAAACAAACACCUGUGUGUGCAGAUGUAUGACUGGUUCGACUACCACGGACACAUGUGUAUCUCCUUUGAGUUGCUGGCCCUCAGCACCUUUGACUUCCUCAAGGAGAACAACUACCUGCCUUACUCCAUCGCCCAGGUCCGACACAUGGCCUACCAGCUAUGCCUGUCUGUCAAGUUUCUUCAUGAUACCAAGCUGACACACACAGACCUGAAGCCAGAAAACAUCCUGUUUGUCAAUUCCGACUUCACCAUGACCUAUAACGUAGAGAAGAAGCGCGAAGAGCGGACCGUGAAGAGCACGGAUGUACGGGUGGUGGACUUUGGCAGUGCCACGUUUGACCACGAGCACCACAGCACCAUCGUCUCCACACGGCACUACCGUGCCCCAGAAGUCAUACUAGAGCUGGGCUGGAGCCAGCCAUGUGACGUGUGGAGCAUCGGUUGCAUCCUGUUCGAGUACUACCUAGGCUUCACCCUGUUCCAGACUCAUGAUAACAGGGAGCAUCUGGCUAUGAUGGAGAGAAUACUGGGGCCAGUGCCCUCCAGGAUGAUACGCAAGACAAGGAAGCAGAAAUAUUUUUACCGCGGCCGUCUGGACUGGGACGAGAGCUCGUCAGCUGGGAGAUACGUGAGGGAGAACUGCAAACCCUUACGGAGAUACCUGUUGUCGGAGGCUGAGGAGCACCAUCAGCUGUUUGACCUGAUUGAGAGCAUGCUGGAGUAUGAGCCCACUAAGCGCCUGGUUCUGGCCAACUCCCUCAGACACCCGUUCUUCGAAUCAGGGACAGCAGGCGACGCAGUGGGGGGGAAGAGCUGGGAGGGCAACCGCGACAUCAGCCGGUGACCCAGGGCCUCCAUACUCUUAAGGAUAGAGGGAUUUAAGGUGGAGCAGACAGAUAUGACCGCUUAAGGUGGUGUAUCACAGCAUGAACCUGUUCUCUCCUGCUUACUAUACUGCCCCACCUCCACAGCCAGGAGAGGGGCUCAUGCUGGCAGCUAGAAGAACUUCAGAAAAGGACAGUCCUCUUAGUCCUCUCGGCUUCUACUCCCAACAGAAGACAUGACGAGAUUAGAGUUUUUUUUUUUUUUUUUUUUUUUUGCCCAACCUUAAACUACCCAGCUCCAGUCUUCCGCAUGUAAAGAAAAGGACCGGUCUGGUCUAGGUCCGUUUAAGUGGAACACUAGUGAGAGCAAGAGGGACCCUCGCUACGUAAUCAAAUAUUGUGACCCUUUCAUUUGAUGUCAGACAAUUGGCGAAGAGGGGCAUUGUAACGUGGUUAGUUCUUCCAUUUAAAGAGCACUAUUUAUUUGGAAACCAUCAAUCUGGACUAAUAUUAGCCAACUGGAUAACAUCUUUUGUCAGUGACACACCACAUUGUUUAUAUAGGCCUCUCCUAUUGCUAUAUUUAUUUCUGUUACAUAAUGCUUUCGAGGAGAGGGAUUAUGCUGCCAUAUUAAUGUAAUAAUAGUACUCACGCCUAGACGUGUUUUCGCAGCUGGUCAUCUUGUCUGGGGAACUGACCCACACACACACACAACGCAAACUGCCUUUUAUACUUUGUGAUAGGCUCAGGCUUGUGGUCUGAGAGCGCACGUACCCACAGGGUCAUAGUAGUCAUGUGUGGCAUCCCAAUGCCACAUGCACACAGCAGCACAGUUUACAGUAUUUAUUAUGAGACGCUGCUGCUGGUCAUCUCCCUGUACAGUACUUUUUGUAUGAGAUUUAAAUGUGUAAGACUGUAUAUAUGUAUGAUUGUUUAGAAUUAAAGUUAAAUCCUCCUUUGCCAGGGCUUAUAGUGCUGUUAAUGUCAGCUUUGUCCUCUGGCACAGUUAUGCGAAGGCUUUUUGUCUUCGAUGCUUGACUGUGUCUUUGAAUCCCUGAUUUAUCUUGUGACUGUAGCCCUUAGGAGGACUUCUGUGUGUGUCUGGCAAAACUAGUGUUGGUAUAAGAUAUAGCAGGCUGUCAGGAAACCCCUUAAUAACCCUGGCUUAUUGCUCUAUUUCAUAGUAUUUUAUUACCAACUCUACUACUACUAACCAAAUUAGUCUAGCGCUACAAUCUUCAUUUUCCUUCAUUUUGAUCUUCUCCCCACCUCAACCCUAUUAGAGGAGGUCCAAGGUCCCUUCCCACUCAGAUGUUCUCCGCCAAUGUAUUUUGAGAAGGAAUAGGUAGAAUGCAAGGAAAGAUUGAGGUUCACUCUUGGAAUCUGUUCUGAAGUCUGCCUUCCAGAUCUGACAGAGCAGGCUCACCCACCGGAAGGGCCAAGGACAAGGGGAUCCGCUGUGGCAGCCGCCUGGCAGGUGUACUUAAAGUCAUGGGUACUCCUCCGUCUGUCACUAACUCGUCAUCUCUCUACUACCUUAGUCUCUUUGCCUCACUGUCCCUGGCCUGCUUUCCCUCACUCCAUCUGUUUCUCCCAUCUGCUACCAUAAAAGUUAGAGCAAAGCUUAGCAAAGCAAGAAUCUGUAGAUAUAUGCUGGUAAACUAAGGCAGACAAUGUUCAUUCAGACCCCUUGACCUUUUUACAUUACAUCCUUAUUCUAAAAUGUAACCCCCCCGCCCCCUUCCUUAUCAAUCUACACACAAUACCCCAUAAUGACAAAGCAAGACAUUUUGCAAAUGUAUAAAAUAAAAAGCCUGAUUUGGUGGUUGUCCUCCUGGAAGGUUCUCCCAUCUCCACAGAGGAACUCUGACAGAGUGACCAUCGGGUUCUUGGUCACCUCCCUGACCAAGGCCCUUCUCCCCUGAUUGCUCAGUUUGGCUGGGCAGCCAGCUGAGUUCUAGGAAGAGUCUUGGUGGUUCCAAACCUCUUCCAUUUAAGAAUGAUGGAGGCCUCUGUUCUUGGGGACCUUCAAUUAUGCCGAAAUUUGUUGAUACCCUUCCCCAGAUCUGUGCCUCGACACAAUCCUGUCUCGGAGCUCUACGGACAAUUCCUUCAACCUCAUGGCUUGGUUUUUGCUUUGACAUUCACUGUCAACUGUGGGACCUUAUCUAUAGACAGGUGUGUGCCUUUUCCAAAUCAUGUCCAAUCAAUUGAAUUUACCACAGGUGGACUCUAAGUUAUAGAAACCGCUCAAGGAUGAUCAAUGGAAACAGGAUGCGCCUGAGUCUCAUAGCAACAGGACUGAGUACUCAUUUACAUAAGGCAUUUGUUUAAAAAAAAUAUAUUUAUCUUUGCUAAAAAUUCUCAACUUCUUUCGCUUGGUCAUUAUUUAGUAUUGUGUGUAGAUUGAGGGGGAAAAUGUAAUACAUUUUAGAAUAAGUCUGUAAUGUAACAAUGUGGAAAAAGGGAAGGGGUCUGAAUACUUCCCGAAUGCACUGUAUAUGUAGCAACCAAGGCAGACAUUAGGGUGAGAGUUAAGUUCACUGGAUGAACAAAACUAGUAACCGUUUAAACGUCUAGCUAUAGAAAUAAAUAAAAAAUAACCCAAACAACCAACUUUUAUAAUUGAGAUUGUAUAUUUUUUUUUGUAUUACCAACAUUAUAUUUCCAUCAGUCAAUGUAUAGACAUGAUCAGGUACAAAAUGGUGGAAGGCUGAUGUAUCAUGGUUAGACGUUUCCACAUAGGAUCUUGACCUGUUAUUGCAUCAAUGAAUCGGUUUACUUCAAUUGGCAGCUAUUCUAAAGAAAAUGGUCCCCCCCCACCACUCUGAUAUUGAAAAUAAACUGAACUAACCAAAUUUAAGAAAUGGGAACCGGUCAUUCCAAGUCAUCAUUGAAAUUGACAUGCUUGUUUCUUUCCUACACUGGUUUGUUUUGCGACCCUGUAGGUUCUAAUUAAAUAAGUAGCGCUUACGUCUUCAGCUAAUCUGCCUGAGAAGCUAGGAGGGUCAUCUGUUAAAUCCCCAUAAGCGGAACUAGUGCGCAUUUGUCCGGUAAAGUGGCUAGUCUCAACCUCAAACAAUGCUGUCACUGUGAGGAAUUAUUUGGAGUACUUUAUUGGAUACUGCAAAUAGACAAUAUUUACAGGUAUGUGCAAUUAGAAAAGGAUGCACGUCACACUUGAAAUUGCCUUGCAUAGAUUUUUGUUUUGAUAAUGUAUUUGUAAUUAUUUAUCCGUAUGUGUUGGCUGUAUUCUAAAUAAUGUAGUUGACAUUGGUUCUAUUGUCGUUGAUAAUGCCCCCUUUUUUAAGACUGUUCAGGUCAAUUUGCAAUCAGAGACACUGCAUGUAUUUAGUUGUUGUUUCCCUCCUUUUGAACUCUCAACUCAAUCAUUAUCCUGUCUUUGCUGUUGACAGGUCUGAAGAACAGCCCAUCAGUCAAGUUCCUCCAGUCAGUCAGCUGAGAUACUGAAACGCUACUGUAGUGCUCAAAGCAGCACACACACACACACACAAACUAGAUGGAUCUUAUGGUGGAUCUUAAGUCCCUGGGUGAUCCCAUCAAGCAGUUCAGCGACUAUGUGUCAGGGACGGGGACCAAACCGGACAACAAAAUAGGCACCAAAAAGAGCACAGGGGCCAGACGGAAGAGCGUAGUCGUGAGCACAGGGGCCAGACGGAAGAGCGUAGUUGUAGUCCGGAGGCACAGCAUAGUCAGGAGGAAGAGUGUCCCUUGCGCCAAAACUUGCACCAAGCAGAGAGCCGUACCAGACUCCUGGCUCAGUGCAUACCAGGCUGACAUUCAGAGAGAACGGAAACUGAGAGAGAAGAAGAUUGCAGAAAGGUCCAUCAGAAGGAGGAGUCAGCAUUUCAGGAGCCAGCACUGCCUCCCAAAGAGUAAGACAAAUGCCAAGAGGAACCAGAAAUCUGUGAAGGAUGAUUCGCUGUUUGGUGCCUUCCAGGGGCUCAGUCUGAACGUGACGGGAGGUGCCCAGAGCUCGAUGGCCUCAGGCGGGGACCAGUGUAAAAUAAUGUGAGGCAAAAGACUUGACUCAUAUAACCUGGCCUAGGCUUCCAGGGCCGAGGCAACAUAUCACCUAACACUUUAAUCUCGUUCACCAGCAGGCUCUCUGUUGACAUGUGUAUGGGAUAACAAUUGAGACUGGGGACGAGGUUACCUACACUUUCCCUUGAGACAUUCUGAGCAGACUGAACUACGGGGAAAACAACAGGUCUUGUGUGUUGAUGAGAAAUCACAAUGAAGCCAAAGUUUUAAAGGUAGACUCAACAAUAUGAUGUAGAUGCAGAAAGUAAACAUAAUAGUGGGUCAAUUUACGCAACAACUAAGUGCAAGGCUGUUUAGUCCCGUACCUACCACGUUGGGCUCCUGAGUGGCGCAGCAGUCUAAGGCACUGCAUCUCAGUGCUAGAGGCAUCACUACAUACCCUGGUUCGAUUCCGGGCUGUAUCACAACCGGCCGUGAUUGGGAGUCCCAAAGGGUGGCGCACAAUUGGCCCAGCGUUGUCCGGAUUAGGAUUUGGCCGGGGUUGGCCGUCAUUGUAAAUAAGCAAUUUGUUCUUAAAGGACUUGCCUAGUUAAAUAAAAACCUCUUUAUUUUUUAAUAUGGUAUUUGACAGUAUCAAAAUUGUCUAUGAAGAAAAAAAAAGUGAAUUUUUAUAAAUUUAGGGUUAGGCAUAAGGUUAGCAGUUAGGUUAAAUCACUUUUUAAGAAGAGAAAUUGUACAAAUAGGUGGAGUUUAUGACUUUGUUGCUGUGGUAACUAGUUACGACCCUCUAACAGCUUGAAGCAAACCUGUGCGCAUGUGCAAAUACUGUGUGAGAGCGUCAUCUGCUUUUCGCUACACUCGCAUUAACAUCUGCUAACCAUGUGUAUGUGACAAAUAAAAUGUUAUUUGAUUUGAUCUGCAUCCCCCUAUAUCCCAAUAUCUGCGGUGUUGCUCGUGGCAACGUCAUUUUGCUGAGUCUACCUUUUCAGUUGGUUUAUUAAAGAUGAAGGGGGUAAGUGCCCUAGCAUAUCAGACAACACAAGCUCUGGGGGGGGGGGGGGCAUGCGCCUGUCAUCAAUGUCUAUUUUUAUUUUAUUUAAUAAAUCAUUUUUACAGUAACCCUCAAGUCAAUCAAACCUUUUCAAUGUCCAUAUGUAUUAAGAAGCUAAGUGUUUGUUUUUUGGGCUUCAGAAAUGUGACUGAAAAAAGUGCCUCAGGCCUUGUAGCAACUGUAAUGACUGCCAAUAAUGUACUAGCUGCUAAUGUAAUAACUUUUGCAUUCAUAAUGUAAUAAAGCUGAUAAUGUAA